AUGGGAAUGUUCUGGAACAGGAAUCCCAAGGAGGAGCCUGCCACGGCUGCCGUUCAGGAGCAGGUGUCGACUUCCGCGCCUGCCGAAGCAGCUGCUGCUCAGGCAAAGGCCAAAUCAGACGACGAUGACUACGAGGCCAUGUUUGGAGUCAAAGCCUCGGAGCUGCUGGGUGUCUAUAAGCCAAAGCCCAAGAAGGUGUCUUCUGAGGAGCAGAGCUCUAAAAAGACCGAAAAAGAUCCGUUAGAGGUGCCGACUUUGCCGGAGGGACCCAGGAACAUGCGUGUCUAUUUCCCCGAGGAAAUGUCGUGUUGGGAGGCGUUCAACGAGGUGGUGGCAUGUUACUCUGUGGGCGGCCAGGUGCGAAACUUGUACCGGUUCGGCUCUCUAAAUUACUGCGAUAAGCCCAAGGACAAGUGGAAGUUUUGCAUGGGCGUCAAGCUGGAUCCCGAGGAGAUCAAGAAGGCCAAAAUAAAGCAGUUCUACAUGAAGCAGCUGGCUGAGAAGAUGACCGGCGGUUCUUCCGAGGAUAUUUGGGAGCGACGAUAG